CGUAUAUACCGUCACGGAGUUAUAUUUUACCAAUAUUUCCGUACGGUAAUUACCUACCUAAUGCCACAGACCACAUACGGCGUACGAAGGCGGGACUCAUGAGUAUCGGAGGGUAGGGAGUUCAGGUGGGGCUCGUCCCCAAAUUCCAACCCACGGCAUCGUCAUUCGCAGUGGCAUCUCCUGAUUGUUUUAAACAACGCCAACCGCCGACAUCCAUGCUGCCGUAGACUUCCGCUGCCCUCACCACGAUGAGCGCGCAGCUCCGUGCAGCCGGGGCGCUUGCCCCCGUCGCAGCCCGUCGCGCCGCGGUUCGCGCCGUCCGACACUUCCACCAGCUCCCGACCGGCGGUAUCCAGCAACUCGCUGGCCAAAGCUUCAGGAGAUCGGUGCAGUUUCCAGCAAAUGCCUACCACAAUGCCGUUAUCGUCCGAAAUGCUUCCUUUACCCGCCUCUUGCCGAAGCUGGCUGUCAAGCUCGUCAGGAUUCCCGCUCUCUUUGGCGGCCUGAUGAUCGGUACGAUCGGGUGGAUACAGUACCAAGCAAUCCAGGUCAGUAACUCCGCGCAGGAGAUGUACGGGAAUAUGAGAGAUACUGUCGUAUCUACCGCCUCGGGUCUCUGGGGAGGCGCCAAAGAUUUCGCCGAACAGACGAAACGUGGCUGGGAUAGCACAAAGGAGCAGUUCGAGAUGCCUGAAUGGCUAGACAGAAUCAUGCGGGGGGAGGGUGAAGCCGGUUCUGGCAACCGCGGCUCGGGCGGACAAGGCGGGCCGGAACCGCCUAAGCAGAGCAGGGCCGGUGCCGCCGCCGUCGCAGGAGCCUCGGCAGCCGCUUACGGCUAUGACCAAUCCGACGAACACGACGAACGGACACCCGAGGAGGUCUUGAAGGACGACCAGAUGAUGUAUCUCACCAAGAGAAUGAUCGAGAUUCGGAAUCUCCUUCAGAAGAUUGGCCAGUCGACGACCGUCACACUGCCGUCCAUCGUUGUUAUCGGGUCCCAGUCGUCAGGGAAGAGCUCCGUGUUGGAAGCUAUUGUUGGUCAUGAAUUUCUACCUAAGGGCAGUAACAUGAUCACCCGGCGGCCAAUCGAGCUCACCCUCGUGAACGACCCCGAAGCGCGGGUCGAUUACGGUGAAUUCCCCGACCUCGGUCUCUCUAGGGUCACCGAUUUCUCCCUAAUUCAAAAGACCUUGACCGAGCUCAACCAGUCCGUUCCCGUGUCGCAGUGUGUCACAGACGACCCGAUCCGGCUCACGAUCCACUCCCCAAGGAUACCGGACUUAUCGCUCAUCGAUCUUCCAGGCUACAUUCAAGUAGCCGGUGAGAACCAGCCUCGGGAACUGAAGCGCAAGAUCUCGGAAUUGUGUGAUAAGUACAUCCGAGGGCCCAACAUUAUUCUAGCCAUCUCAGCCGCCGACACGGACUUGGCAAACUCAACGGCUCUGCAAGCAAGCCGCAGAGUGGAUCCUAGAGGAGAAAGAACGAUUGGCGUCAUCACCAAGAUGGACCUCGUUGAACCGGAGAAAGGGGCUGCCAUCCUGAAUGAUAGGCAGUACCCUCUCCGUCUAGGCUAUGUUGGCGUCAUCUCCAAGCUACCUCCGCAAACAGGUCUCUUCAGGAGAGAGACUGGUAAUCUCCUAGCCGGCAUCAGCCGGAAUGAGAAGUCAUUCUUCAACACAUAUCCCUCACAGUACGGGCCAGAGUCUGGGGUCAAUACGGGUACCAUGACGCUCCGCAAGAAGUUGCUGCAGGUUUUGGAGCAACAGAUGUCUUCGAAGUUGCAGGAGACGACAGACGCCAUCCAACGAGAGCUUGAGGAGACAACCUAUCAGUUCAAGGUUCAGUACAACGAGCAGCCCAUGAGUGCGGAGGCGUACUUGGCCGCAAGCUUGGACGACUUCAAGCAUCAGUUUCACGAGUUCACUGCGAAGUUUGGCCGGGCUCAGUUGAACAAUCUACUCAAGGAUGCACUCGACCAGAAGGUGCUUGACCAACUCGCCGCUAGGUAUUGGAAUAAGCCAAUCGAAGACUUGUCUGUUGCGCCCCCUGAGCGGGACAGCAUCGCCGAUCUACCGAACGCUGACCCGAAUUCUCCCUACUGGCAUCGGCAACUUGACACGGCAUCCUCGGGCCUCACCAGGCUCGGAGUGGGCCGUCUCGCAGCAACCGUCGCUGCCUCAGCCGUCCAGUCUAAUGUCGACAAACUGCUCGACAAAUCGGCGUUCGCAAAGCACCCCUCAGCCCGGAAGGUAAUCAGCGAUGCCGCGUCUACAGUGCUCGCAGAUCGAUCGUACGCCACAAGUGAUGGCAUCGAGAUCUCGCUGAAGCCGUAUAAGUAUGACCCCGACAUCCAACCCAACGAGUGGGCAAAGGGCAGGGAACACGUGGUGGGUGUCCUCCAGGGCGAGCUCAACCAGUGCCAAGCCGCAAUGAAGAGCCUCGAGAACUCCGUCGGCGGGAAAAGAAAGCUCAAGGAGGUCAUGUCCUUUGUCGACAAGGCGCGCAAGGGCGAGGUCAUCGUCGAAGGUGACCACCCCAGCGGAGCAGGCGGCUUUAGCGCCGCCCUCCUCGCCCGCGGCCGGGAAGCAGUCUUCCUCCGUGACCGCGCCGACAUAAUCAACAUGCGUAUCAUGGCCGCUAAGUCGCGCAAAUGCAAGUCCCUCGAAAACAAGUACUACUGCCCAGAAGUCUUCCUUGACGCCGUCGCCACGAAACUGGCCCAGACGGCCGUCCUCUUCCUCAACGUCGAGAUGCUGAACGACUUCUAUGUCCGCUUCCCUCGCGAGGUCGAAGCCAAGCUCAACGAGCACAUGUCCGCCGGCGGACUGGAUCGGUUCGCCCGCGAGGACCCCAAGGUCAGGAGGCAUCUGGAUCUGAUCCACCGCAAGGAGCUGCUCGAGCUGGUCCUGACCAAGAUCGAGGAUCUCCAUCGGUUCGGGGCGGGCACUGGCGGCAGGGCGGGCGGGGCUGGAAAGGAAUUGGGGAAGAGGACGGGGAGGAGGUCGUUCUUGUUUUGAAUUGACGGGCGAGCGGGCGAGCGAAUGAAGGGGAGCGGAAGGGAGAGAGACGUUUGCAUAGCUAUGUCGGGAAAAGAGGGAAUCACGGCGUUUGGUGAGAUGAGGAUGAGGUACUCAUCUCCGGUGGAAGCGGUUCGGUCUAGCCUUUUCCUUUGUAGUUUCUACGACGACGUGGGUUCUGUAGGCAUGUUCGAAUGUAGGGCCUGGUGUGCUAUGAUAUGCACUAGGUUGUUUGGAAUACCCCUCUUGAAACCUAGUACGUACAUACAAUAUAGGAUGCUGUGGGCAUCGCGGAUCUGAAGGAAAAAGCUGUCGCCUCCGGAUUCAAUGGCAACGUUCACCUCAC